ACAACCAAAGUCUGUCCCCAGCUCGAAGGAACAGGUGGCUGAAAAUGAAACAGCACCCUUCUCCCUUCCCUUGGAUCUUCGCUCUCUACUGCUUCUGUGCUCUACAGUUCACCCCAGGGGUUCCUCAGCCUGUCUCCCGUUCUCUGGAUGCGCCCGAGGUUCCUAAAAGCGAGCUGGCACUGUGUUUCAGUCAGUGGACAGAACUGUCUAAUCAACCCCAGAUCUCCAGUAAAGCAAUGGAUCUUUGUAACGCUAUUUUUAAUAGCAUGCAGAUAGAUGAGGAAAACAACGAGGACAUAUAUAAAAGAUUUUUAUUUCACUACUCCAGAGUUCAAGAACCAACAUAUCCACUUAAAACUGGGUCUUCCCCUGUGCAUCCUUUAAUGCGCCUUGCUUCAAAGCUCUCUGAGAGAAGAAUGAAAAGAUUCCUUGAUCCCGAAUCACAAAUUGCUGCUGCACAGUUUAUAAAGAAGGAUAGUGCUGGUACCAUGGGACGGCCUUUUUUUCUUUUCAGGCCUAGAAAUGGAAGAACUAUUGAAGACGGUGAAUUCCAUGGAAUAUGAAGCUCAUGGGUUGACUUAACAGCUUGAAGGCUUGAUUUAUACAAAGAAAAACAAUCCUGUUGGACUAUGUGUCUAUUGUUUUAAG